UAUUUGAAUCAAGCAAUAAAAUAAAAGAACAAAAUGAAAAGUUUUGUGGUGCUUUUCCUUGUUCUUUCAACAGUUUACGCAAGAUCUUUGCUAAGCAACCAGCUGGCCAAGAACCAUCAUAAAUGUAAUGAAACUAAAUCAAAGCGUAACCUAACUGAACCUCCUACUCAUUUUAUGCAUAUUCUUGUAUCAGAUGGAUACGGCGGACACAUACUGAAACGCUGCGUCAACAUGUGGGAUGAGGGUUGCAUCAACGGGCAACUUGGCGGUUCAGGCAGCGACGAUUACUACCUUGCAGGUAGCUUCAACCCCGGCAAGCGGUGCGCCAACAUGUGGGACGAAGGCUGCAUCAACGACCAGCUCGGCGGAUCAGGCAGGGACGAUUACUACCUUGGGGGAAGCUUCAACCCCGGCAAGCGGUGCGUCAACAUGUGGGACGAAGGCUGUAUCAAUGGCCAGCUCGGCGGAUCAGGUGGCGAUGAUUAUUACCUGAACGGUGCGUUCACUCCGGGACGCAUGUGAUCCGAAACUCGUCCGUGUUUAUUUCAAGUUGCCCCAUUUUCUAUGCAGCUUUACUUUUGCUGAUUUGCGGUGUUUACUAUGUUGUGUUGCAUUUAUU